GCACGUUCCAGAGGUUCGUUCACCUCCCCAGGCUUUAUUUCAUAUGCGGCAGCCCUGACGCCAGGGAGCUGUUGUCCCCCGGACAAGUGGUCGAUCCUGGAAAGCACUGCGGACGCUAGAACGGCCACGGGUCUGCCAGGCCGUUGGCGCCACCACUUCCGGGACUGUACGGAGCGAGUGCGCCUGCGCAUCAUCUCAGCCUUGUCAUGUGACUCAAGGCAUCAUGGAUAAAUCUAAAGAAAACUGCAUUUCAGGACCCGUUAAGACUAUACUUCCACUUGGCGACGGUCCAAAGCGUGUUCUGGUGACUCAGCCAUUCCCUUCUCAGAACCCGUUGUCUGCAAGUGGGGGCCAGGCUCAGCGGGUCUUGUGUCCUUCGAAUUCCUCCCAGAGCGGCCCUUCACAAGCACAGAAGCUUGUCUCCAGCCGAAAGCCAGUUCAGAGUCAGAAGCAGAAGCCAUUGCAGAUAACCACUGUACCUCGUCCUGUCUCCAGGCCACCCAACAACACCCCAAAGAGUGAGCAGGCCCAGCCGCCAGCAUCUGGAGAUAAUUCUGGAGAGGAACUGGCAUCAAAACAGAAAAAAGAAGAAUCAAAAAAAAGGCAGUGGGCUUUGGAAGAUUUUGAAAUUGGCCGCCCGCUGGGUAAAGGAAAAUUUGGCAAUGUUUAUCUGGCAAGAGAAAAACAAAGCAAGUUUAUCCUGGCUCUUAAAGUAUUAUUUAAAGCUCAGCUAGAGAAAGCAGGAGUUGAACAUCAGGUGAGAAGAGAAGUAGAAAUACAGUCGCACCUUAGGCAUCCUAACAUUCUCAGGCUGUAUGGUUAUUUCCAUGAUGCCACCAGAGUUUACCUAAUCCUGGAAUAUGCACCUCUUGGGACAGUCUAUCGGGAACUUCAGAAGCUUUCAAAGUUUGAUGAGCAGAGAACUGCUACCUAUAUCACGGAAUUGGCAGACGCCCUGUCUUACUGUCAUUCCAAGAAAGUUAUUCACAGAGACAUUAAGCCAGAGAACCUGCUUCUCGGAUCCACUGGAGAGCUGAAGAUAGCAGAUUUUGGGUGGUCGGUGCACGCCCCGUCCUCCAGGAGAACCACUCUCUGUGGCACCCUUGACUACCUGCCUCCUGAGAUGAUCGAGGGCCGAAUGCACGAUGAGAAGGUGGACCUCUGGAGCCUUGGAGUCCUUUGCUACGAAUUCUUAGUUGGGAAACCUCCUUUUGAGGCAAGCACAUACCAAGAGACCUACAACAGAAUUUCACGGGUUGAGUUCGUGUUCCCUGACUCGGUAACGGCGGGAGCCAGGGACCUCAUCUCAAGACUGUUGAAGCAUAAUCCAAGCCAGAGGCUGACUCUGAAAGAAGUACUUGAGCACCCCUGGAUUACAGCCAAUUCGGCAAAACCACCAAGUAGCCAGAACAAAGACCCAGCUAGCAAACAACCUUAGGAGCCUUGCCGGGGGAAGUCUGAGCCAGGGCCGCUAUAUAACCUGGCAGGAAAUCGCUACUGAAACUUCAUCCGCUGUGGACUGCCUGCCCUCCGUCAAAAGUGCUACAAAAAAUAUUACUUUUUUUACCGAGCAGGCAGGACCUUAGGCUCCCAACUCAGAAACCUCCACUUCAGUAAACACGACACCCUGAUAAUGUCGGGGGGCCGCCGAGUGAGGAGUCCUGCAGAGACCCAGGCGGAGUCGUGUGGGAAGUGCCGCCUUCGCCUGAUUGAUUAAAAGGAAGCGGCUUGCAAUAACCUCCAAGUCCCCGAGUGUGUGUGUAACUUAUUGGGUGACCGCACCUGGCAAAGCUGUCGGAAUGAACACUGAUCUUUGUUUCACAUGUUAAAAUAAAAGACUUUUGCAUAGACUUGUAUUUUUACUUCAGUCACAUCCCCUUCGGAAUGCUCUCUGUCCAGCACCCGUUAAGCCUGCCUGGGUGCAUAGUCCUCGUUGACCACUCAUCCCCUGGCUGAAAUUUACAGUAGCAACACGUGCUCCACCUCUGUCUCAGGACUGGCUCGGGACACGGACGAAACCAUGGUAUCUCAGUUUCCAGAUGUUCAGGGCUAAUUUUUGAAAUUAUGGAGUUACGGCCUGUGUGCACUUUAAAAAUAAAUGUGUCAAUAAAUGCCGAAAUCUGAGGUGCACGGGUAGUUCUUUCACCACC